AUGCUUAUUUCUUCCGAAGAAGCCAAAGUUGGAGGCUGGGUGUGCGCAGGUGUAUCAGUGGCGAUAUUGAUUGUUCGGAUUAUUGCGGCGAGGAUACACUAUGGAUCGUACGAUGUCAGCACCGCUAUCUGUGUCGCCUCACUCGUCGCCAUCGUCGUUCGCCUUAUCGUGAAUCAGUACGUCCUUACGUAUGGAACCUCAAACGACGCGCUGAAUAGCAAAUCGACAUAUUUCGACUCCAAGGACCACGAAGAUCUCAAGAUUGGAAGCAUCUUGUCCCUAAUCGCGCGACUUUUGAUCACCUCGAUUUGCUGGCUUCAGAGUUGUCUGUUAUUGCUGUUCUAUUCUCGAAUUUUCGAGAUCAGGGCAAAAUGGACCACCAGACUCAUUCGAAUUUGCUGGAUCGCGAUCCCCGUCACCUACAUCGGUGUGGUGCUGGCGACGUUUCUCGAGUGUCAACCAUUUCAUCUAUAUUGGCAGAUUAAGCCCAACCCGGGAGCAUGCAUCAAAGCGUAUAUCCAAUUGCUUCUCCAAGGAAUUUCAAACAUUGUCUUGGAUCUGCUCUUGUUGGCAAUUUCUUACCCACUUCUUGCUGCGGUGCGCCAUCGAAGCCUUUCUGAGCAGGUCAGAGUUGGGACGCUGUGCUGUCUGGGAGUCUUCUGCAUCGUCAUAACUCUGGUUCGCAUUGCUUAUAUCUACGCCGAGGAGUCGUAUCAACCAGUACGCAGCUUCUUCGCCUCUGUCCAGAUCGCUGGUUCCUGCCUCGUAGCCAACGUCCCAACGAUUUAUGGCUGUGUCAGAAUAAUCAGGAGGCGUAGAUCGCACCAAACGCAGAGACGGGGCAGUCGACCUGAAGUAUGGCUGCAGCUUCAAAUCACAAAUGAAAGCAAUCCUAACGCCAAUGUUCCGAUUGCGAUGCAGGAAAACAGUUCGUCGAACGCCUCAGAGAAGAAGUGGUCGCGCUUGAUUCCAUGA